GAAGAACUCAACAAUACCCCAAUCACACCAACGCUUAGCGAUUUCCCGCAACUACAUGCCACUUAUCCCGCCCUCGACAGCCUCUUCACCAGGCUACAAUCCGUCACUCCUGAUCCACUGACAGCCUUGCAGGCCAUCGGACCCUGCUCACCAAUGCAAGACAACUUUCUCGUCAGCCAGAGGAAGACUCCUGACGCAUAUCAAUGCCGCUUUGUAGUGCGUAUCGACGCCCUUGUGCCAGGGUCAAAACUCGAUCCCGAAGCCGUCAAGGCCCAUUGGGCUCAGAUCAUAGCUCGGCAUCCCAUACUUCGCACAACAUUUGUUGAGAGCGACACACGUCUUGGCAGAUUCGAUCAGGUGGUUUGGAAGAGCAUCGCUCCCUGGGUGCUCACGUAUCCAGACGCCACUGCUAUCUUCAACGACACAGACUUUCCUACGUAUGCGGCUCACCAGCCACAACACCGCCUGUCAAUUGCGCCAGCACCAAAAGGAGGAGCCUUCGUCAAACUGGACAUCUCGCAUGCUCUCUUCGAUGGCCAGUCGACUGAAGUUCUCAUGAGAGACUUCUGUUUCUCUUAUCUCGACGCGCUUGAGACAGACGAUGCUCUUCCAUACUUGGACUUCACGGCGGGCGAGCUCCAAGCAGACACAGCGCCUACUUCGGCCUACUGGGCACGUUACAUGGACAACGCGCAGGGUUCAUACCUCCCCGUGCGUCACAGUUUGGAAACAUCUGGGCUUCAGAGUAUACAAGCUCAGACUGUCCUAUCGCCAGGUGCUCUCAGCUCGUUCUGCGGGCAGUAUGGGGUUACACCUGCGAAUAUCUGUCAAGUCGCAUGGGGCCUCGUCCUCAGAAGCUUCGCCAACUCGGACGAUGUAUGCUUCGCAUAUGUCACCGCGCGCCGGCAGACACCCCUUGCAGGCAUCCAAGACGCUGUCGGCCCAUUCCUCGACGUUCUUUUCUGUCGUCUGAACAUGGAGGGCAGCGCAGGUGUGAGUGAGCUUCUCUCACUCGCAAACCAAGACUUCCUUGCAAGCCUUGAACACCAAAACACCACCAUUGCCAUGAAGAAUGAUGCCCACGGAACAUCUGUGAGAGAAUGGGGAAAUACCAUCUUGUCAUUCACCCGCGCGGUCCCAGCACGCGAAUACGCGCGCGCCGGCCUUGCAUUCGAGCUCCUCCAGAGAGCCACACCUACAGAUUACGACGUCUCUGUGAACAUCGAUAUUGGUGCUGACAAUCUCGACUUCAACUUGGACUUCUGGGAAUCCAAGAUGGACCGUCCACUCGCUCAGAGUAUCCUAGGCGUAUUCCAGGAAGCCAUCAGUUUUGUGCUGCGGUCAGGUUCUCAGGAGACAAUCCACAAAUUCUCGCCCCUGACAGAGGCACACAAGGCAGAGCUGGGCAGAUCACUCGGGCCGUCUGGCGAGAACACCUUUUUUGCGUGCAGUGAGGUUUGCAUUCAUGAUCUUGUCCAGGAAAUAGCAGCUCGGCAGCCUCGCUCUCCCGCCGUCUGCGCCUGGGAUGGCACUUGGACGUUUGAGCAGCUGGUUGAUUCAGCCAGUGCUCUAAGUCGAGUGCUUAUCCUCGAGCAAAGUGUCAAACCAGACAAUACUACGGUGGGAAUCUGCAUGGAGAAGUCCAAAUGGACUGUCGUGGCGAUGCUGGCUGUGCUUAUGAGUGGUGCGGCUAUUGUCCCCGUUGGCGCCGAUGAUCCACGUGCAGAAGAACUUCUGAGGAGUGCAAAUGCUUCAUUUGUGCUCGCCAGUCACAACACCUGCGACAGAGUUCGUGCCAUGAGUUUCCCAGUCAUCGUUGUCGGCGACAUUAACAGCUUGAAAUCGACCACUGCUCAAGAAAAUGGAGAUGUCAGGCCGCUCGUCGCGCCUGAUAGCCCUGCAUGGAUCCUAUUCACAUCAGGAUCAAGCGGGAAGCCCAAGGGUGUCGUGCUGGAACACAGAGCCUUGAGUACCUCUCUCUUGGCCCAGGGCAAGGCUUUCGAGAUCGGACCAGGAGUACGGACACUGCAGUUUGCAGCAUAUACCUUUGCGGACAGUAUCCCCGAUAUCUUUGGUACUCUUGUCAUGGGCGGAUGCGUCUGUGCGCCUUCGGAGGAGGAGAGGACAACCGACCUAGCCAGAGCAAUGCACAAAUUGCUUGUCAACCAGGCGACGCUGACCUCCACGGUGGCUGGCCUCCUUCUCGAUCCCAAAGAAGCUCCCGCACUGAGACGCCUGAUUCUUAGUGGGGAGAUGCCGAGCACAGCCGUUGUGAAGAAAUGGCUGCCGUAUACCCAAGUGGUGAAUGGGUAUGGCCAGUCCGAAGCUUCUGUGUUCGCUUGUUGUGGCCAAAUUACAGAUCCUGAGGACGCAGCCAAUAUUGGUCUACCCAUCGCCGGCCGAUGUUGGGUCGUGCAACCAGAUGACUACAACCGCUUAUGUCCCAUCGGAGGGCCAGGCGAGCUGCUUAUUGAGAGUCCAGCUCUGGCUCGAGGAUACCUAAACGACACAGAUCGAACAGCCAGUGUCUUUGUGGACAACCCUACAUUUCUUGAGGAACUUGCCCCCUCUUCCUCUUCUUCUACCAGCACUCCGUACCCUCGACGAAUGUACCGUACCGGAGAUCUAGUCCGGCAGAAUAGCCUGAACGGUACACUCACAUUCCUCGGUCGACAGGAUACGCAGAUCAAAAUCCGAGGGCAGCGCGUCGAGCUUGGCGAGAUCGAGAGUACGAUUGCACCUUUACUGCCAGCAGACACCUUUAGCAGCGUUGUCGUGAGCCUAGUGAAACUCAGCAGCCCAGUUCAGAGCGAGCCAAAACUUGUUGCGGCUCUCGAGGUAUCAUCCUCUCUUAUCACAUCUGAUGAGGAUACCAUCCGACCCUUGAACCCCACGGAACUUUCAUUGGUGCUAAAGACAAGUAUGGAGAUGCUUCAGGAUACUCUCCUUGUCAAGCUUCCCGUGUACAUGGUACCAGGCCUGUUCGUUCCCAUGACCAAGCUGCCGGUCAAUGCAUCCAAGAAGGUGGACCGGAGAGCCUUACAGACCAUCCUCGAGGCAAUGGACGAUGCACAAAUCAAGGCGCUCAUGCUGGUCGAUGAAUCUCAGCAGCAACCGCGCACAGAGACUGAACUUCAAUUGCAGGAUCUCUGGGCCGUUGCCUUCAGCAGACCUGCAGAGUCCAUCAGCAUCAAAGAACACUUCUUCCAGGCAGGAGGUGACUCUGUCACCGCUGUGCGCAUGGUUGCUGCGGGUCGCAAUGUUGGCAUCGCACUUACUGUCGCUGAUAUCUUCAAGUACCCGCGUAUCGAGGACUUGGCUAGAGUAUUGGAGGAUGUGGAUGAUGCCGCAACUGCUCAGGCUGCUCCAGGGAAUGACCCUCAGCCAUUUCAACUCUGGGAGGAUCACAGUGACGAUGAUUUGCUCACACUUGCCGCGCAGUGCAAUGUCAAAGUUGGCCAGAUUGAGGAUGUGUAUCCGUGUACUCCUCUACAAGAAGGCCUGGUCGCCAUCACAGCACAGCGUGCCCGCGCGGAUGCAUACAUGGUGCAGCGAUGCUAUCGAAUUGCCGAGGAUGUGCCAUUGGAAGGGUUCCAAGCAGCAUGGGAACGUCUCGUUGAACUUAUUACAAUCCUGCGGACCCGCAUUGCCAUGUCAAGUCGAGGUGUUGCAGUUCAGGUUGUGGUUGACGAGGUUGUGAAUUGGCAACAGAACCAUCGUGGCCGAUCUCUGUUUGAAUAUUUACAGGAAGACAGCCAGGUGCCUUUUGAUUAUGGACAACCUCUUACCAGGGUCGCUCUCAUCAAUGGCGGCGAGCCUGAAGAUGACCAUCGUUACUUCGUUUGGUCAAUCCAUCACUCCUUGUUCGAUGGCUGGAGCACCGUACAGACUCUCAAUCUGCUCGCCCGGCUGUGGACCGGUCAACAACUCACCUCACCACCUGUGCCAAUGUCCAGAUUCAUUCAAUAUUUGGCUCAUCAAGACAAGGAGGCCUCUCGACAGUUCUGGAAACGCCACCUUCACAAUGUGACCAGCAGCCGAUUCCCAGUCCUGCCUCAUGUCGAAUACCAGCCAUCGCCCAUACAGAAACUCACACGGCAAGUGACCUUGGAUGCGGAUCGAAAGAGCACAGUAACGACGUCCACAUUGCUUCGUGCUACCUGGGCUAUUCUCCUGGCUUCAUAUACCGGAACACAAGAGGCAGUGAUGCUGCUUACACUUUCAGGGAGAAAUGCCCCUGUGCCUGGCAUUCUCAACAUUCUGGCACCGACAUUGACGAGCGUGCCUUUCCGAGUGUCCAUUCUACCGAGGCAGUCCCUUUACGAUUUCCUGCAAGAAGUCCAGUCCAGGACCACUGAGAUGAUUCCAUUCGAGCACACUGGUUUGCAGAACAUUCGGCGCCUGGUUCCAGAUCUGGGAGGCGAUUUCGACCCUGGUCAUGUCUUUACAGUUCAAGCGUCGCCGCCUCCAGAGGAAGGAAAUAGCCAGGCAGCUCUUACAGACAGGCUUGAGCGUCUGGGAAGUGACAGGGACGGAUUACAGAGCUACGCUCUGACUCUGGACUGCAUUAUUGAUCAGGAGGACAGUUCUGUCACUCUCGAGGCGCGGUUCGACGCCGAUGUUCUCCCAUCAGCGCAUGCCGAGUCUAUUCUGGCACAUUUCGACUACGUACUGCUCAUACAGUCACUUGCAGAAGAUCCGAGUCGACGCAUCAAGGAUUUUGCCAGGCCUUCGAUGAAAGAUCUGGCCAAAAUUCAGGCCUGGAAUCACUGCAAUGAAACUCAGACGGAGCCUCAAGAUACUGCACAUGAGCUUGUCCAGCAGAGAUUGUUGAUGCAUCCAGACCGUGUGGCCGUCGACGCAUGGGAUGGCACCUUGACGGGCCGAGAGUUGGACGAGGCUUCAAAUAGCUUGGCUGGUUAUCUCAUCAGCGAAGCUCAGGUGACCGCCGAUACCCUUGUUGGCUUCUGUAUGAACAAAUCCAAAUGGGCCAUCGUGGCAAUGCUGGGUAUCCUCAAGUCCGGGGGUGCCGUGGUGCCUUUCAGCGUCCAGGAACCCCUUUCGCGCAUUGAGAUGACUGCACGCAGCAGCGGUACAAAGAUUAUGGUGGGAGACAAGGAGCAUGUUGCUCGUCUAGAAGCCUUCAAAUCCCAAGGCAUGCGUGUCAUCGCGGUGCAAGACGUGCUCCGUGAAGUGCCAACCCACACAGCAGCACCACCGACAGCAUCUGUGUCAUCAGACAACAUUGCCUUUGUAAUGCACACAUCCGGAAGCACAGGCACACCCAAAGGCGUCGUCGUCAGCCACGCCUCUCUCUGUGCCAGCAUGAAGGCCUGGACCAAGAAUCCCGAUGUCGGGUUCGGACCUCAAGCACGCAUCCUGCAGUUCACCGCCUUCACCUUUGAUCCUGCCAACCACGAAAUCCUCAGCGGUCUCUACAGUGGCGGCUGCGUCUGUGUCCCAUCAGAGUACGACCGUUUCAAUAACAUGGACAAGUUCAUCCAGGAUUUCCAAAUCACAACGGCCACUUUGACUCCAUCGGUCGCCCGUACCAUCACUCCCGAGGCGCUUCCCUCACUGCAGACUCUCGUCCUCAUGGGCGAAGCCGUGAAGCCCUCUGACGUCGAGGCCUGGCUAGAUCGUGGGUCUUCCAAACUUGUCAAUGCUUAUGGGCCUACAGAGUGCACCAUCAUCGUCUCCGUCAGUCGUCCGCUGAGCGUAAACCAUCAGGCGCCGAUUAUCGGCUACCCGCUCGAGAAUGUCAAGAUGUGGGUUACGCAGCCGGACGACUUCAAUUCCUUGUGCCCAGUGGGUGCGCCAGGUGAAUUAUUGGUCGAGGGCCCGCUCGUGGCGAAUGGGUACCUCCACGACGCGAAGCAGACAGCAGCGACUUUUGUCACCGACCCAGCGUUUGUGAAGCAGCUCAGCUAUGAUGGCGAGCAGCAAUACACGAAUCGCCGCAUGUACCGAACCGGAGACAUUGUUCGACAAAAUCAGGACGGAUCUUUGACAUAUAUUGGCCGUCGUGAUAACCAAAUCAAGAUCAAUGGGCAGAGGGUGGAAACCAGUGAGAUCGAGAAUGCUAUUCUUCGAGCGGCGAGCCCUGAUCUGGUACAGAUGGCCUGCGUCGCUUUGGUUGCUCCUUUGGGCAAAACAAAUACUGCUGAGGAACCGAGACUUCUUGCUGCGGUUCAGAUUGGCACCGCUUACAUUGCGUCUGUUAGCGAUGAAGUCAGCGAUGGGAUCGAAACAGAGUUUGGCUUGUGCAAAGCAUCGACAAGUCUACUGCUUGAACUUGACGAACUUCGCCGCUCCUUGCUCGACAUCCUGCCUUCUUACAUGGUUCCGAGCGUGAUGGUACCGUUUAACAAGAUCCCACUCACCUCUGCAGGCAAGGUUGAUCGGCCGACUGUUCGUCACGCCUUGAGCACAUUGAGCGAGGCACAACUGAACACCAUAUUGCCUAUCACUUCUGCAACAUCCAUGAGCAAGAGAUCUCCUUCGUCUUCGACCGAGCGCAAGCUACAAAGCCUAUGGGCCAGCGUACUUCAAAAGGCACCCGAGUUCAUCAGCAACGACGAUGACUUUUUCCAAGUAGGAGGAGACUCUAUCAGCGCCAUGAAGCUUGUUGCAGCAGCCCGGCGAGCUCAGCCUCCUGUUAUCCUUACGGUUGCAACCAUCUUCCAACACCCUCGCCUUUCCGACCUCGCAGCUGCUAUGGAUAAAGAAACACAUUCAACAAAUGGGUUCUCUAGUUCUCCAGAAACUCAAAAGGCUGACUCGGCUCCUUUUGCGCUUCUAGGUCGUGCGUCUCCAAACCUCUUAGACCAUCAGAUUGGUUCUCUGUCAGAGCAAUGCGGAGUGUCGCCUGAGGAUAUUGAAGACGUGUAUCCGUGUGCUCCCUUGCAAGAAGGUCUCAUCGCUAUCACGACAAAGAGACCAGACAAGUACGUGCUACGCCGAGUUUUCCGCAUACAUGGAGAUGUUCAUGUCUUCAAGAAGGCCUGGGAAAAGCUCUGGGAGUCACUGGCCAUCAUGCGGACACGCAUUGUUCCAGGAAAAGCAGGAGCUCUCCAGGUCGUCGUCCGAGAGCCCGUCCACUGGCAAUACGCAUCGUCUCUUGCGGGCUAUAUGGAGCAGGACCGCAGUGACCACAUGACGUAUGGUAGCAGACUCUGCCGCAUAGCCAUCAUCAACGACACCUCUGCGAGUGGGCACAAGCAUGUCGUGUGGACUAUGCACCACAGUAUCUACGACGGUUGGAGCAUGCUGAGGACCAUGGACAUGCUGACCCGACUGGUGCGCAACGAGCCUGUCCCGCAGCCGGUUCCCAUGUCACGCUUCAUCCGUUACCUCCAGGAUCAAAACGAGGAGUCAACAAGAUUGUUCUGGCGGAAACAUCUGGGGAGUGCCAACGUAAUCAAGUUCCCUGAGCUGCCCAUCGACCCGUCUUUUCUGCCUCAGUCGACGCAGCAUGCAAGACGCCACAUCUCACGGCGCAGCAGAGAAGCCCUCGGCUCAGUGACGACGUCUAACCUCCUUCGCGCCGCGUGGGCCGUCUUGCUCGCUGCUUAUGCGGGUACAGAUACAGACGAGGUGAUCAUCAUGGCGGCCCUGUCAGGACGACAAGCUCCUGUGGAUGGCAUCCUGAACAUGGUUGGCCCUACCGUUGCUACAGUCCCGGUGCGGGUACAGAUUCCCCAGCAGGACUCGCUUCCAACGUUCCUAUCACGAGUACAACAGGACGCCGUGGAUAUGAUUCCACAUGAACACACAGGUCUGCAGAAUAUUAAACGAUAUGUGCCUGAGCUCGAUGAGGGUCUGUUCACGCCAGCCCAUUUGUUCACGGUACAGGCCGUCAUCGAGGGGGAUGACGAGGUGUUGCAACCCUCGUCGUCGACAUCAGAAAUGGCUACAGCAGUAAAUGGAUCUGCCAAGAUACUGACUUCUGUCGAGAAGGAUGAUAGAAGUGAUGAUGCCAUCCAGGGUUAUGCAUUCAACAUGGAAUGCACAAUCAUCACAGACAAGGAGAUUGAUGUUGACAUCUGGUUCGACCAGACCACCAUCAGCGCGUCUCAGGUGCAUCGCAUCUUGGAACAGUAUGAGAAUAUUGUCCAACAGCUCUUCAGAUACAGCAAUGACGAGAGCCGACUCGUGUGCCAACUCAGCCUCAUCAGCCCUGAAGACCACUCACAGAUCUCGACAUGGAACAAGACAGUUCCAGAACGGACGACCCAAUGUAUACACGAGAUUCUGCAAGAAAUUGCUGCUCGUCAGCCAGACGCACCGGCCAUUUGCUCCUGGGACGGCGACUUGACAUAUCGCGAACUGGUCGAGACUGGUUCCAGGCUGGCACAUUACCUCCACAAUCUCCACAAAGGCGUUGGUCCCGAAGCACUGUUGGGACUUUGCAUGUCCAAGUCCAAGUGGGCACUAGUUGCCGCCGUAGCCAUCCUACAAGCUGGCGCUGGCGUGGUGCCUUUGGGCAUUGGGCAUCCUGUGGUCCGCAUCCAAACGAUUGUGGAAAACACCGGAACACAACUCAUCCUCACCGACAAAGAGCAGGCAGAGAGGCUCAGUUCGUUGAACGGUGCGACAACCAUCAUCAUUGACGACGCUCUAAUGAACAGUCUGCCGCCGUAUACUCCAACACCAGCUUGUUCAACUGUCACUGCAGACAACGUCUCCUAUGUCGUCUUCACUUCUGGCAGCACAGGCACCCCCAAGGGUUCCGUAUUGGAACAUGGCGCCCUCGCUGCCAGUCUGCUCAAACACAGUCGCAUGCUCCACCUCGAACAAAACUCAAGGGCCCUGCAAUUCGCCGCCUUCACAUUCGACAACAGCAUCUCUGACAUCUUUGCCACGCUAUUCCAAGGCGGUUGUGUCUGCGAACCUUCCGAGGACGACCGCGUGAGCAACCUCGCCAAAGCUGUGUGGGAUCUGCGCGUCAACUUCCUCAGCCUUACACCCACGGUAGCGGCCAUGCUUCGACCACAGGACGUGCCACCUAUCGAAGUCCUCGUCGUAGGAGGCGAGCCCCUUGACCCAAAUGUCAUUGACAUCUGGGGCAAGUCAUCUGCCAUUAUUAAUUCUUAUGGACCUUCCGAGUGCUCUAUCCUCGUGGCAUGCAGUCGUCCCCUCACUGAGCGCCGUGACGCACCCAAUGUAGGCCUUCCAGUGGCCUGCUGCUUCUGGGUCGUCUCCCCCAACGACUACAACCGGCUCUCUCCCAUCGGCGCACCAGGCGAGCUUCUUCUCCAGGGCGCUCAGCUAGGCCGUGGCUACAUCAAUGAGCCCGAGAAGACAGCCAAGGCCUUCGUCGUGAACCCAACAUGGGUACAAGACUUCCCCAUAGCCCGCAACCAGCGUCUCUACCGCUCUGGAGACCUCGUCCGCCAGAAUCCGGACCAAUCACUCACGAUGCUGGGCCGGCGCGACACACAAGUCAAGAUCCACGGCCAGCGCGUCGAGAUUGGCGAGAUCGAGAGCUGGAUCGUGAGGCUGAUGCCUGAGGUCCGAAAAGCGGCUGUGGAUUAUAUUGCGCUCGCGCAUGGGCGGGGAGAUCGCGUGCUGGUUGCGGCGCUGGAGAUGGAGACGACUUCUACGACGAAGAGUGCACCUGUUGCCGUGGCGCAAACUUCUCCUGUACUGCGAAGGAGGCUUGAACAGCUUCGAACGGAGCUGCGUGCCGUUAUUCCGUCGUACAUGAUCCCGAACAAUUUCCUUCCAGUCACACGGCUGCCGUUGAACCCAUCGAGCAAGCUGGACCGACUUGCCCUCCGCAAUUUCUUCGCCACCUUGAGUGCCAGCGACUGGAACCAUUACUUGUUCAGCAAUGCAUCUGACAAGUCUGUGGCGACGGAGACGGAGGCACUCCUGCGCCAGCUGUGGGCCACUGUCUUGUCAUUUGACGAGAAUCUCAUCGGGCGAGAGGACAAAUUGUUCGACCUGGGCGGUGACUCGGUUGUGGCCAUGCGGCUGGCUGGCCUGGCAAGAGAGGCUGGCCUGCAGCUGACGGUGGCCGAUAUUCUUGGGACGCAGGUUCUUGAGAAAAUGGCGUCUGCAGCCCGCGAAAUCUCGCCCAACUCUCUUGCUGCUCUCAGACCGGAUCAGUACCGGCGUUUCUCCCUGGUGCCUGACCAACAACACAAGACUGCAAUCGUGGAGAGAACACAACGCUACGACUGGUUUCAUACUUCUGGAGCCGAGGUGGUGGAUGUGGCUCCUGUCACUGAUUUCCAAGCCGUCAGUGUUGAGGGCAUGUUGUCCAAGUCACGAAUGGACCUGAAUUACAUAGGCGUCGAUGGCACUGGUCCCUUCGAUAUUGAUCGGCUCAAGACUGCCUGUCUAGCGCUCAUCGAACAGAUUGAGACACUCCGGACUGCUUUCGUCGAGGAUGCAAACCAUCAGUUCUGGCAAGUCAUUCUCAAUGCAUACAAGCCUAACAUUCGAGAGUAUCUCACGGAUGAAAGCAUCGCCAGUUUCACGGAGACAUUCAUCAAGCAAGACAUGUUCGGCAUGCCAGUGCAGGGGAGACCGCCUGUCGACAUUGCCAUAAUUACCAACACAGACGGGAGCAACCAGCACCGAAUACUGUUCCGCAUUUCACAUGCUCUGUACGACGCUCACUCUUUGCCCUUGGUCUGGGAGACUCUUAUGGCUGUGUACAAAGGGACCGCAGUUCACCCUCACGCCUCCUUUGUCAGCUACCUUUCAGACAUCCACAGUCGCAUCGACGAAUCGUCCUCGUUGUCGUACUGGCGUCAAUUUUUGGCUGGGUCAGUAAUGCCUCAACUGGGCCAGGAAUCACAUCAAAACGAGGUCACCACAACUUCAACAAAACACCUCAAGGCAUCUUUCCUACCAAAGGAAACCCUGCACAUCCCAACAUCCGUGUCGUCCGGCAUGAUGCCCGCCGUCAUAGUGAAGGCUGCCUGGGGCCUCGUCCUCAUAGAACACACGGGGCUCUCAGACCUUAUCUUUGCCGAGGCGAGCACAGGCCGCAACGCAGUGAGCCCCGCGGUUGCCGACGCACACGGCUGCUGUGUCACGGCUCUCCCGUUCCGCUUCGUCAUGCCAGCCAAGGAGGACGCUGGUGGCGUCAGGACCAUUUCUGAGUUACUAGAUGCCGUCCUGGACCAGCAGACCAAGAGCAUUCAGCACGAGACCAUCGGGACUCAGCGCAUUAUCAAUGAUUGUGCGCCUUCAUCGUCUUGGAACCGGUUAACGUCGCUCAUCAACCAUCAGAGGGCUCCCGAGGCGUCUGGCUUUGUGCUGGGAGAGACUGAGUACAUUCCUUCGUUCCUCGACAGUGCAGAGGACGGUGGAUUCUACAUGUUGCCAGACAUUUCCAUUUCAGCAACACAGGGGCCAGGAUCAUUGGAGAUAAGGCUUGGCCAUGCCGUGGACGUUGUCGAUGCUGGUGUUGCAGCUCGUCUUCUGCGUGGACUUUGUGCUGCAAUCAAGGCGAUC